AUGCAACUAAUAAAUGAUGGUACGAUUGAUAAGAUGUUGCACAUUGAGUGCACAGACGUGGAUGAUAAUGUAAGCAAUGCUGAAACUCGAUCAGCUCCAGGAGAUCUCGAGAAGCCAUCUUUUUCUCGACAGUGUCAUUUUUCUCGUAAUGUUAUUGUUGGUAACAUUCCGAAAACUUCAGAGUCUCUAGCAUCUAGUGCCUUUGAUCACAAAUCUGUACCAACUAAUUCAGGAGAGUCCAGAAAAAGGCCUGCUGGACAUUAUAGAAAUUAUAAUAAUGGUUUUGCGUCCGGUCCACCAUGGCCAGUGCAAAAACGAGAAAAACCUUGGUCAACAGUAUGUGUAUGGCAAAAGCAGCAACAAAUCCAGGCUAUCGAGAAAGAGAUUAAUGUUAUGGCAACAGAAUCCUUGGUUGGAUUACGAAAUUGGAGACCGAAAUGGUUACAGCGAUUUGGUAAGAGGAAUUGGAUGUUGUUAUGGAUGUGUUGGUUUUGUACAGUACAAGGAUUGCUUGUAAAUGGUUUAGUUCCUUCUGCCAUAACAUCCAUAGAACGAAGAUUUCAGUUCAACUCAUCAACUAUAGGUCGUAUCAUGCAGUUUUACGAUUUUGGCUAUGUACUUUUGUGUAUACCUGUCUCUUACUUUGGUGGACGUCAUUCAAAACCGAUGGUGCUUGCACUGGGACUAUUACUAAUGGCAUUAGGCAGCUUUAUUUUUACAAUGCCGCAUAAUUUCUCAGAUUCAUAUACUUCCACUUAUAAUGCUCAUGAACCGACAUUCAGUAAAUGCGAUUUUUCACAUCCAUCUUUUGGAGCUAGAACAAAGUAUGUUGUGUUAAAUAAUUCAAUUUACUCAAUAGUGUCAGCAGCUAGUGCUGAAGCUUUACGAAGUUGUCCAUCUCCCGGAAAUCAGCCCGGUACUUUUCGAUACGUAUUUCUGUUUUGUCUUGGUCACUUUCUUCAUGGUAUUGGUGCAACACCACUAUUUACUCUUGGUGUUAGUUACAUUGAUGAGAAUGUCGGUCCAGCUCUUUCAUCGCUUUAUCUUGGUAUUUUCUAUGCCUUUGCAAUAUUUGGGCCAGCUUUUGGAUUCUUGAUGUCUAGUUCGUUUUUGCGCUAUCAUACAGAUUUCUUGCAGUCGGAGCUUAAUAUCAAGAUUUUAAAUAUCGAUGAAACCGAUCCAAAAUGGGUUGGUGCUUGGUGGAUUGGUUUUCAGAUAGCUAGUACUCUAGCUUUGAUUGCCGUUUUUCCCAUAAUGGUUUUGCCGAAAGUUCUUCCGGAAUCCCUUAAAUGGCAUCGAACACGAUUACAUGAAGAGACGAUAGCUGGUGCAAAAAAACGUACUCCGGAAUGUUGUGGUAUUCCGUCAACUAGUAAAACAGUUGCAGUUUGUGGACCACUUUUACCAGCUGAUAGUGAAGGUGAAACUUGCAUUUACGAUAAUUAUGCGGGCACGACAACUGUUCAAACUAUAACAAUUGGCGAAUCAAUGCCAGCACUGCAGAACAAUCGUGGUCCAAUUUGGUAUCACAUAUGGCUUGAUGUACGACAUAUACCAAUAGCUAUCUAUAGAAUAAUAUCAAAUGGUAGCUAUAUGCUCAUUACUUUUGCUAUGGCUGUUGAUGGAUUCAUUAUAACAGGUGCAUCGACAUUCAUGUCAAAGUAUCUCGAACGACAGUUUAACGUUGCACCAAGCAAAGCAAAUAUGUUAAUUGGUUGUAUAAUGGUUCCAAUGGCAGGAAUAGGUACAAUGUUCAGUGGUUUUGUCGUUCAACGAUUCCGUUUAAGCUGUGUUAAAACUUUGAAAUUUUGCAUAGCAUUGUUAAUGUGUACGCUGGUCUUGUCACCAAUGUAUCUCGUUUACUGUGAUCAUGAUCCGCUUGCUGGAAUUGAAGAGCAUUAUGAAAUGGAUAUCGCCUCAAAUUCAAAUCAGAAUAAAAAUGCUACAAAGAUAUUACCUUCUUUAAAAUCCAUCUGUAAUCGUCAUUGUGAUUGUGUUCCAAGUGAAUACCAUCCAGUUUGUGCUGAAUUUUACAAUGAUAAGCAGAUCUCUUUCUAUUCGCCAUGUUUCGCUGGCUGCCAGCAAAAUUAUGAACCGCUCAGAAAGAUGUAUUACAACUGUUCAUGUGUACCUGAAAAUACUAGGUUUGGAUAUAGAACUGUCAAGAAUGGAUUGUGUGAAUCGAAGUGCAGAGGGUUAUUUGGAUUUCUUGCUUUGUUCGCUCCAUUCUGUUUUUUUGCAUUUGCUGUUGGAGUUCCAUUAAUUUCAGUAGUACUAAGAACAGUUGAUUAUGCUGAGCGUUCGUUUGCGCUUGGAAUUCAAUGGAUUUUGGUAAGAGUUAUUGGUACCAUUCCUGCACCAGUUCUUUUUGGAUGGAUGUUUGAUGUAUCGUGCAUUCGCUAUAAUUUGGAUGUAUGCUCUGGCGAAACAAUCGCUAUGGUGUUUCUAAUUUGCACAUUAUUGUUUUUCUCAUCACAAAUGCGUGAUGAUCCGUUGCCAAUGGAAGCAGUGACUGAUAAUUCAAAAUUGAAUCAAGUUAAUGAAGGAGCCACAGAAGUAGCAGUAAAGACACAAACAAAUAUCGUGGGAAACAGUUGA